CCCCCCCCCCCCCGCUCUCGUUCUUAAUCACAGCGAACCAAGCGAGCAAAAGCAACGCGAGAAUGUUUUUUUGUUGAAUAAUAAUUAUUAUAAGAAGAAAAAGUGUAACGUUGCGAAUACCAAUAGUCCUGUGUCAGCAGCAGCAGCAUCACCCUGGCGGCUAUCGAUGCGCUAAAGUGGUCGUAGUCGUAACAACAGUUUGCAUCUUGGGGGUUGUGAUGGUGGUGGUGGUGGGCAGGGCAUUCAUUUCGGCCGAGUAAAAGUGCACGAUUUGGAUCGUGGUGACUGGCGUGCCGGGUCGGGUUAGCCUCGCGGUGGAGUGGGUACGCGGGCCGGUGGGGGUGCUGUUCCGCUGCUCCGCUGCUCGUGAGUGAACGCCGGAGACGUGCGGAAUGAAUUCGCGGCGAACUGCCUGAACUGGAACGCGCGCCGCAGGGCUCACGCGCCACGAUGAUGAGAUUCGCCUCCUCAUCCUCCUCAUCCUCCUCUUCCUCCGCCUCCUCCUCCUCCUCCCCGUAAUCGCGCAUCGCGGUUGGGGCAAAGCCAUCCCAUCGAGAAGGAUUCUCUCUCUCUCUCUCCUUCACCCCUACGCCGCGUCCUUCUCUCACAGCGACGACGCCGCCGCCGCUGUUGCUGCUGCUGCCACCGCUAUCGCCGCCAUAGCGGCAGCAACAUUAGCAGCAACAUCAGCAUCAGCAGCAACAGCAUCAGCACCAAGAACGGAACCCCACAUCGGCGCAAGCUGCCAUCUCCGCCGUCGGCGGCGGCUGCACCCGUGGCAAGUCGCCGCGCUUCUCUGCCAUCCCCACGUUGCAGCGUCAACAUCUGCUGCUGCUGUUGCUGCUGUUGUUGUUGUUGGUGGUGGUUGUGGUGUUGGUGGUGGCCGCAGCUGAUUUGCGUCUGCUCCUGCCGCUGAUUGUUGUGGGUCGUCGGUGAGGAGGGCGAGGGCGAGAGAGCGAGCGAACGAGCGGGAGAGCGCGCGGGGAGAUCGGGCAGGGCGCGGGCACACGACAGCGGAGGAAGAGAAACGGACCGAGGCGAGGGCUCGCACGGCGAGAACGAGAGAGAGGAGGGAGAGAGGAGCGAGAGAGGAGCGAGAGAGAGGAGGGAUACAAAGUGUAACCAGUGGCGACAGGGGGAGGCUGUAGCGAGGGGGGAGGUGGAGGGGUGGAGGAGGCGGGGGCCGGUGGAGGAGGGAGUCCUGCUCCUCCAGACUCCCGCCUGGCGCGCAGCUCCUGGAGGAGCGACCCCCAUGGAUAACGGCGUGAGCACGGAAGACAAUCGCACCCGGGACCCCGACUCCCGUGUCUCAAGCUCCUCUUCAUCCUCCUCCUCCUCGUCAUCAUCUUCGCCACCACCACCGCCGCCGCCGCCACCACCACCACCUCCACCACCGCCGGCUUCGCCACCCUUGGAGAUCGCCGCUGCUGCCGCCCAUCAGCCGAUUGCUCCUCCUGCAGCCGCUGUCGCCGUAGUCGCAGCAGCCGCAGCAGCAGCAGCCGGCCCCCCUCAUGCCGUGCCCCCCCCAAGCCGACUCACCAACUUCUUCAUCGAGAACAUCCUAAGGCCGGACUUUGGGCGGCGCAAAGAGCCCGGCGGCCGCGCGCUUCUCCUGCCGCCGAGGCCGCUGUCGACGAGCAGGCGGGGCGAGGCGAGCCUCGGAGGUGGUGGCGGUGGUGGCGGCGGCGGUGGUGGUGGUGGAGCAGGAGGAGGAGACAGCGCUUCGUCCAGCAGUCGCUCCCCGGAGAGGACUCGGCGCAAUGGCGACCACGCGGACGACCGCGCUCACGACGGCGAUGACGGCGACGGCGAUGACGAGGAUGAGGACGACGACGUUCUUAGCGUCGGUGGUGGUGGAGGUGGUAGUGGUGGUGGAGGAGGCAGUCGAGGAAGAAACGCGAUCAUCAUCCGCGAGCUCGGACAAGGAGGCGGUGGCGGCGGUGGUGGCGGCGCUUUCAGUUUGGACGGACAAACGAAUCCCUGCAGCGGCCGCUUGCAUCGCAAGGGGCUGGGGGGCUUGGCCAAGUCUCGAGCGAAGCCCGGAGCCAAGGCGGACGGAGGAGCGACAGCGGAGCGCGCGCUGGAAAUGGGGACCCUUCCCAACGCGGGCGGGCUGGGGGCAGCAGGAGGGGCAGCAGGAGGGGCAGCUGGAGGAGCAUCAGGCAGUCCUGGAGUUGAUCUGCAGCUGCAGCAGCAGCAGCAGCAGCAGGCGAUGGCGUGGCCCGCGUGGGUUUAUUGUACCCGCUACUCGGAUCGCCCCUCGUCCGGACCUCGCAACCGCAAAGCCAAGAAGAAAGGAGGAGGCGGAGGAGGUGGAGGGACAGGAGGAGGUUCGGGUGGAGCAGCAGCAGCAGGAGGAGGCGGCGGAGGCUCGGGAGGAGAAGAGAAGCGACCACGGACCGCAUUCUCGGCCGAGCAACUCUCUCGUCUCAAGUGCGAAUUCCAGGCGUCUCGCUACCUGACCGAGGCGCGACGCCAGGCCCUCGCCCAGGAACUGCAGCUGAACGAGGCACAGAUCAAGAUCUGGUUCCAGAACAAGCGCGCCAAGCUGAAGAAGGCGAGCGGAGUGCGAAACCCGCUGGCCCUGCAGCUGAUGGCGCAGGGCCUCUACAACCACGCGGGCGAGAGGUCGCGCUCCGAUAAGACUGACAGCGAGUAGAUUCGGAUGGGCCCCCGGGAACAGGACAUCGCAAAACUGUGGCUGUCACGUGUGCCGAACCUGUGUGGUGCACCUGUGCUGCGUGGGUUGCGUUAUGUCUGUUGCGUCUAGGUAUUUGUGGCCACGCCACCCGCUUACCCGCCUACCCAUCCGGCGAUCUUUGUAUUGCGUCAAUAACACUGUGGCCUUAGACGUAUAGUAAGCAGGCGACGUUUCUGAUAUUGGUACUUCGGGGUGCCUCGGCCCCAAACAUCGGCUGUUCUAUUUACGUACGUGUGUGUUUACUCUUAAGGCCGCCACACGCAGUGUCAUUGACGAAUUUGUUGUUGUUGUUGUCGUCGUCGUCGUUUGUGCUUGUGCGCCGCUGCCAAUGCAGCAGCAGCGUCGCCAAACUCGUCGCGCCGGCGAUCUCUGUCGGUCACGCCCGUGUCCUCUUCACGAGGCGUCGCAGAGAGGCGAGAGACGUCCGGUCGCGGUCAUGGGCCGGUGGAUCUGAACAUAAUAAUGGGCUAUAAAUGUAUCACAACGCACACGCACGCUUGCGUGAAUACACACGCGAACACGCGCGCACACACACACAUGGACGCAUGCAAAGGCCCGAGCCCCCCCGUAUAGGCUACACGGGCUAUUGGGGCAAGUGCAUUUAAAGGGCAAGUGUGAACGCCAACACCGGCGCACGAGGUGGUGGGUGAACAGCGCCACGCCCGGCCGCCUUUGUCUCCCCCCACUCCGCCCCCCCUCUCCAAUUCUGAUGUUUAUACACCGCACCAGGUAGUCGUUUAAAGCUGAGUCGACCUAGAGGAGUCCCAGCACGGGUUUAGGAUUUUCGUCACCGAUUUUGGCCAUGAGCGGGAAUCGAACUCGCAUUCCACCUCGUUUCGCAGCGCUGCGCUAACCACGGAACUACCGCUCCCCAUCAUGCGCGCGCGCACAAACGAACACACGUGGUACACACGUGGUACACACGUGCGUAAUAUGCACGUGUACUUAUCAUAGGCAUACUGUAUUUACGGCAAAAAACAAAGAUCACCCGUAUAGCCUGUAACAAGACUGUUGGGGCAAGUGCUGUUAGCGAGCACCUAUGAAGGCCGGCACAGCACACGAGGGGGUGGGUGGCCAGCACCAC